ACUAUAUAAGAAAAUGUUUCUAGGGUUUUGGGGUCUCUGCUGUGACUGAAAACGGAGAGAGAUAAACGAGAGAACCAGGAAGGAGAAGGCGUCUUUCACCUUUGUAGCCAUGAUUAUUCCGGAGAAGAACCGGAGAGAGAUCUCCAAGUAUCUCUUCCAAGAGGGCGUUUGCUAUGCGAAGAAAGAUUUUAAUCUUGCGAAGCACCCGGACAUCGAUGUGCCGAAUCUACAGGUCAUCAAGUUGAUGCAAAGCUUUAAAUCGAAAGAGUAUGUGCGUGAGACCUUCGCUUGGAUGCACUACUAUUGGUACCUCACAAACGAUGGGAUCGAAUUCCUCCGAACAUACCUCAACCUCCCUUCGGAGAUCGUCCCUGCCACUUUGAAGAAAUCUGUUAAGCCUGCUGGGAGGCCUAUGGGCGGGCCUCCCGGAGAUCGCCCACGUGGACCGCCUCGUUUUGAGGGAGACCGGCCUAGGUUUGGCGACCGUGAUGGGUACCGUGGUGGUCCACGAGGACCUCCUGGUGAGUUCGGUGACAAGGGAGGAGCCCCGCCUGAGUACCAACCAUCGUUUAGGGGUCCUGGUGCAAGGCCUGGUUUUGGCCGUGGAGGUGGUGGUUAUGGCGCGGGACCUGGUAGCUCAAGUUUGGCGUAAAGGGGUGUCGAGUAUGGCGGAGUUCUCUUAAUUUUUGAUAGUUUUAGUUAUAUGCAACCAGAAAAGCUGUUAUAUAUUAAAUUUGUUGCAGUUAUAUAUCGAGUAUGUCGCAGAGUACCGUCUUAAAUUUGUCAUGAGAUCUGAUUUUGUUACUAGUUCUUGAUGGAAGAGGAACUGUCAGAACUACUCUUUCGUAGUGUUCCAUCUAUCUUAGCGACUUUUUUUUUCA